AUGGACGUCUUCGUGCAGACGUGGACGCUCACGCGCAAGAACGUGUUGAUUGUGCUGGGGCGUCACAGCUUCGCCACCGUGGUGCGCGCCUUUCUGCUGCCCAUCUUGCUCACCUCCUUCCUCAGCUUUGCCCGCAACCUGUUCGUGCCGCCCGCCAUCUACGGCAUCGCGAGUCCCCAUGCCGUGCGGUCCCUGGCCAGCGCCCUGAACGCCGCCGGAGGCACUGGCCGCGACACGGUCGUCUUUGUCGAUAAUGGCUUCACCGGCGGCGACAUCGGCCGCGUCAUCACCGGCCUGUCCAAGGCCGUCACCGAUGCCGGCUGGAGGCCCGUCGUGCUCCGCUCCGAGAACCAGCUGCCCGCCAUCUGUCGCGCAACCCUCCGUGGCGUCACUCCGUGCUUUGGCGCCGUCGUCUUCGCCUCGUCUCCCACCGAGGGCGCCGGCGCCAUGUGGAACUACACCCUGCGCGCCGAUGGUGCCCUAGGUGCUGGUAGGGUCAACAUCAACCGCGACGACAACGACUCGGAGCUCUACAUGCUCCCCCUCCAGAAGGCCGUCGACGCCGCCAUCUCGGCCAACUCCUCCACCCCCCUCGGCCAGACCGACGAGUACCCCUUCACCUCGCUCACCCAAGAAGAGCGCGACGACAGGGUCCGCGUCCUCUACCAGUCCGCCAUCAUGAACUUCCUCGGCGUCACCUUCAUUGCCGGCAUGAUUGGCAUCGUCUACCAUAUGACGGGCUUCAUCGCCACCGAGCGCGAGUCGGGCAUGUCCACCCUGCUCGACGCCAUGAUGGUCGUCAAGCACCGCUGGCAGGCCCAGGCCUCGCGUCUCUGGUCCUACCACGUCGCCUUCUCCGUGCUCUAUCUGCCCGGCUGGCUCAUCGGCUCGCUGAUAUUGUGGCGCGGCGUCUUUGCCCACACCAGCUUUCUUGUCGUGCUGCUCUACCACAUUCUGGCCGGCCUUGCUCUCGCCUCCAUGUCCAUCUUCGGCGCUUCCUUUUUCAAGAAGUCGCAGCUGAGCGGCGUGUCUAUCACCAUCAUCUAUCUGAUCCUGGCCAUUCUGGCCCAGAGCCUCACCGCCCCCAAGACCGGUGCCGUCGCCAUCCUCAGCCUGCUGUUCGCCCCUUGCAACUACACCUUCUUCAUCUCGCUGCUGGCCCGCUGGGAGCAAAAGCAGUUGCCCACCAACCUGACCAAGACCCCCCCCGAUAGCCCAUGGAACCUCUCUGGCAUUGCUCUCUGGGUGUUUCUGAUCAUCCAGAUCAUCGUUUACCCCAUACUUGGCGCCUUGCUUGAGAGGUACUUCCACGGCACCACGUCGUCGACCCGCAAUAUUGUCGUCGGCGACAACCGUGGCGGCCUCGAGCCCGAAACUGCCGUCCAGCUCGAUGACUUUACCAAGAUCUACAAGCCUAGCAUCUUCCGUCGCUUGUUUUCCUUCGUCGCAAAGCCAAAGGAGCCCGUGGUCGCCGUAAACAAGCUCACUUUGAGGGCCGGCCGCGGUCAGAUCCUGGCCCUGCUCGGUGCCAACGGGAGUGGCAAGAGCACCACGCUCGACUCCAUCGCCGGCAUCAACAAGCUCACGAGUGGCAAAAUCACCAUCGACGGCACCGGCGGUCUGGGCAUCGCCCCGCAAAAGAACGUCUUCUGGGACGAGCUAACCGUCGAAGAGCAUGUUCUCGUCUUCAACAGACUGAAGACGCCGCGCAACCGGGCCACCAAGCAGCAGAUCCGCGAGCUGAUCGUGUCAAUUGACCUCGAGCAGAAGAUCAAGGCACAGUCCAAGACACUCUCGGGCGGCCAGAAGCGGAAGCUGCAGCUGGGAAUGAUGCUGACGGGUGGUAGCGCCGUCUGCUGCGUCGACGAGGUAUCGAGCGGUCUGGACCCCCUGAGCCGCAGAAAGAUCUGGGACAUUCUUCUGGCUGAGCGCGGCCGGCGCACCAUCAUCAUGACGACGCAUUUCCUCGACGAGGCCGACCUGCUUGCAGACCACAUCGCCAUCAUGUCCAAAGGCAACCUUCGCGCCGAGGGCACAUCGGUCGAGCUCAAAAACACGCUCGGCGGAGGCUACCGGAUCCACGUCAACAAUGUCGAGGACUUCAAGAGCCUUCCCGAUGUCGAAGGCGUUACGAAACGCGUCACGUUCGAGGAGGCUGUCUACGUCGCGUCGUCGUCCAGUCUCGCCGCAAAGGUCAUCAAGGAUCUCGAGACUGCUGGCAUCACUGACUACCGCUUUUCUGGGCCGACCAUCGAAGACGUUUUCUUGCAGCUCGCCGACGAGAUCCAGGCUGAGGGCGGAUUUGGCUCCGGACUCGACGAAAAACAAGCACCAUAUAAAAAGGAGACGAGCAGCGAUGAGGGAGGGGCCGGAAAUGCAGGAUUCGAGCUCUUGUCGGGACGCCGGAUUGGGUACCUGCGCCAGACGUGGGUUUUGUUUCUGAAGCGCUGCACCAUCUUCAAGCACAACUUUUUCCCGCCUGUGGCCGCUUUCGCCAUCCCCGUCAUCGCGGCCGGCUUGGUCACGCUAUACGUCAAGGGACAGGGGGCGGUGGGAUGCGACCCGGCUGCGCAGGUCACCCGGAAUAUCCCGACGAACAUCUUUGCCCCCGACUUCAGCAUUGGUGGGCUACAGCUUUCUCUCGUCGGUGGGCCAAGGGACAAGUUCACCCAAGAGACACUGAUCCAGCUCUUCCUGCCCAUAUAUGCCCACUCAGGAGGCGGGUCAGGCAGCGGCGCAGUCACUUCCACAGUUAACACCCGGGCCGCCAGCCCCAUCGACUUCUUGCAGAACGUGACGAUAGUGGACUCGCUGACCGAAUUCAACAACUAUGUCGCCCAGCAACGUAAGAACAUUGUACCAGCUGGCAUCUGGCUUGGUGACGCCAACUCGCGGCCAACGCUAGCCUUCAAGGCAAACGGCGCCGAAAUGUUCAGCGCCUGGUUCGGCCAGUACGCUAUGAACAUGCUGUUGACCAACACGAGCUUCGCAUCCUCGUACGUGAGUUUUGACUCGCCUUUCUCGCCCGACACGGGUAAGGCGCUUCAGAUGCUCGUCUAUGUCGUGCUGGCCCUGUGUGCCUACCCGGCCUUUUUCUCGCUGUAUCCCAACCUAGAGCGCCGACGACAAGUGCGUGGCCUCCAGUAUUCCAACGGCGUACGACCACUGCCGCUCUGGCUCGCCUAUCUGGCCUUUGACUUUGCCAUCGCCGUGACCGCGAGCAUUCUCGUCAUUGCGCUGUUCGUCGGCUUGGCACCCAAUGUGUGGUACAAUGUUGGCUAUGUUUUCCUCGUGCUGGUGCUGUACGGCCUAGCCUCGACACUGCUGUCCUAUAACGUCUCGCUGUUCAGCAACAACCAGCUCUCGUCCUACGCUUUCACAGCGGGCGGCCAGGUCGUUCUCUUCCUCGUCUAUCUCAUAGCUUACCUGAGCACCAUGACGUACGCGCCAAUCUCCAAGAUCGACAGCUACCUGCUCAUAGUCCACUUUGUCAUAGCAGCCUUUGCGCCCAUCGGAUCCGCCGCCCGCACCAUGUUCCUGGCUUUGAAUCUGUUUUCGACCGCUUGUGAAGGCGAGCAGCUGGCCCCCAACCCGGGUGGCAUCCUGCAGUACGGCGGGCCGGUCUUGUACUUGAUUCUUCAGUCCAUCUUUUUGUUCGCGCUGCUCAUCUGGUUCGACGGCGGCAACGACGAGGAGGUAGCCACCGAGAUGGCGCGGGUGAAGACCAACACCAGCGGGGCCGACGGGCGCAGCGCCGACGGCCUGCGCGUCGUCAGCCUGACCAAGAGCUUCGGGUCCAACACGGCUGUCGACAAUGUCACGUUUGGCAUCCAGCACGGCGAGGUAUUCGCGCUUCUGGGGCCCAAUGGUGCCGGCAAGUCGACCACCAUUAGCGUCGUGCGCGGCGACAUCAAGCCGACAGGAGGCGUCUCCCGCGGCGGCGACGUGUUCGUCGAGGACGUCAGCGUAACGCGCCACCUGGCGCAGGCUCGUUCUCACCUCGGCGUCUGCCCCCAGUUCGACGCCAUUGAUUCCAUGACCGUGACAGAGCACUUGCGCUUCUACGCGCGCGUGCGUGGCAUUUCGGACAUUGAGCACAAUGUGGCCGCCGUGCUCGCCGGCGUCGGCCUUAGCGCCUUCCGCGACCGGCAGGCUCACGACCUCAGCGGCGGCAACAAGCGCAAGCUCUCGCUCGGCAUCGCCCUCAUGGGCAAUCCGACGGUGCUGCUCCUCGACGAGCCCAGCAGCGGUCUCGACGCCGCCGCCAAGCGCGUCAUGUGGCGCACCCUCGCCGCGACCGUCCCCGGCCGCAGCAUCCUACUAACCACGCACAGCAUGGAAGAAGCCGAUGCCCUUGCCGGCCGUGCUGGAAUCCUCGCCAAGCGCAUGCUCGCCAUGGGGUCGAUAGAGCGCCUCCGAUCCCGCUUUGGCGAGGCCCUCCACGUCCAUCUAGUCUGCCGCGGCGCCCCCCGAACCACGCCCGAGCACGUCCAGCGCGUCCGUGACUGGGUCCUCGCUACGUUCCUCGGUGCCGUCGUCGACGAUAACACGUACCACGGGCAGAUGCGGUUCAGCGUCCCCAUUGCCACCGCCGCCGCCGCAGCCACCGCAGCCACCGCAAAAUCACCAUCAAGCGAAAAUGGCAACGACAACCAGAAUGACGACUACAGCAUCUCGCCCAGCGUCGCUACUGCCACUGCCGCUGCUGGCAGCAGCGACGGCAGCGCCAUCGGCAAGCUCGUCGUGCUUCUCGAGGAGAACAGAGACGCCCUCGGCAUCGAGCACUACAGCGUCAGCCCCACGACACUCGACCAGGUCUUCUUGACCGUCGUCGGCCGGCACAACGUCCGCGAGGAGGGCUACGAGCAGCAGCUGUUGCAGCAGCAGCAGAAGAAGGCGUGGUGGAAGUUUGGGCGCAGGUAG